UAAGAGCAAGCUGGCGAUCGCAGCUCGACAUCUCGGGGAUCGAAGCCGGAGAAGUUUGGCGACGCCGUUGCCCAGAGGGGAAGAAGGCGCUGGGGCGUAAGCAUGGCCUUUGGAAAGAGCCAGAAGGAUCCCUUCGGCACCGCCUUGGGCCACCUGAUAGAAAGAGCUACUUAUGGAGCACUGCAGACAGAGGAGUGGGGCCAGUUCAUGCACAUCUGUGACGUUAUCAACACCGUUGAGGAAGGACCUAAGGACGCAAUCAGAGCAUUACGAAAAAGGCUUUCCAAAAACUGCAAUCACGUCGAAAUUCGUCUUACCCUGUCUCUCCUCGAGAUGUGCAUGCAGAACUGUGGUCCAAACUUCCAGUCUCUGGUUGUGAGAAGGGAUUUCUGCAAAGACAGACUGGUAAAGCUGCUGAAUCCAAGGUUCAACUUGCCAGUCGAUAUGCAGGAGAAAAUCUUGACCUUCAUCAUGACCUGGUCCCGAGGAUUUCCAGGUGCUGUGGACGUGAGUGAAGUCAAAGAGGUUUACCUGGAGCUCCUCAAGAAAGGAGUUGAGUUUCCACUCCCUGAGACAAAGACGGGGACCACAAAGCCUUUGCUGCAGAGUUCGAAAAAGUCAUCGUAUGGCACCUCCACGAAGGGUUUAUCAGGUUCUCUCACCGCAUCUGCAGUCAUAACACUGAUUCCUGAGCAGAUUGGGAAGCUGUACAGUGAACUGGAUAUGGUAAAAAUGAAUGUGAGGGUCAUGUCAGCAAUACUGAAGGAAAAUGUCCCUGGAUCAGAAAAUCCAGAUGACAUGGAGCUUCUACAGAAGCUCUACAAGACCUGUCGGGUAAUGCAAGAGAGAAUCAUGGAAUUGCUAGCGACUGUGCAGAAUGAAGACGUGAUCACUGAACUGAUACAAGUGAAUGAAAAUCUGAAUAAUGUCCUACUGGGACACGAAAGGUUCUCUCGAAACAGAGUACGUUUCUUGGAGAAUCAGAGGAUUCAACACGAACGCACAGUGGUCAAUGCCAACCAGCCGUCUGCUCCUUCGUGUGAUCUCCUUGACCUUGAGUCGAGUGUUCCUGCUCCUGUGCCACUGCCCGGGGGAGCUGGCCCUGUGACUCCUCAGCCUUCAGAACUGAACGGCCAGUCAGUAAGUGCUGCUGUCCCAAGCCCCCAUCCCACUCAGCUGCCACUUUACCCUCAACUAAGUGCAUUCGCUACUACAAAUACUCCACAUUCCACGUUCACAGCAGAAGCACCAAACGCAUGCCAAAGCUUCCAAGGUGGCCAAACGUAUGUUAACGUAAACACAUAUUUAAAUCCCGUGCUUUUGCAUCCAGUAAGCCUUCAGAGCAAUGGUUCAAGAGAUGCGCCACCAGCAGACGUACCAAAAGACAUCUCACCACCUCCAAAUUAUUAUGAGCUAAUGGAAUUCGAUCCUCUGGCUCCCAGUGACAAAACAGAACCUAUUUAUGAAGAAAUUGAUGCCCACCUCUUCAAAGCAAGAGUUAAAAAUGACACCAGUUGCUAGAAGUAGAUGUCGAAGAGAACAAUUUAUACCAGCACUAGAAACUAUUUCGAUCACUCAAAACCUGUCAGUUAAGUGACAAACAAUUACUGGAUAGGUAGGAAAAUCUAUGUUUUGAAGAUUAUUUGGAUUUAUCAGACCAUUCAGCUGAGGCCACUUAAAAUCUAAGAUGCCUGUCCUGCAUACUUUCCCUUAAGUGCAUUACAUUAAGUUCAAGUAAUCGUUGAGAGUGCAAGGUUCUACUUGUGCAUACUUUGGACCAAACUGUACAAAUUUAUAAAGCGUGUUUUCCAGAAAUUAAUUCUUCUAAGAAGCAUGAUACCAUAUCAUAA